CUGGCCUCCAGUGGGGGACACUUUACACACAUGGGGCCUCAUCAAAAACCCACCAGGUGCCACCCCUCCUCCCUCAUUCAGAGCCCAAAACUGGCUUAUCAUCACUCCUCUACGAGUGGAAUCGCAGGGGAAGAGGCACCACGCAAAUCCACCUCUGUCUUUUUUUCUGAAGAGAGAGAGAGAAAAAAAAAAGUUCCUUCUUUAGCUGUGCUACAAAGUGACACACAGACAAAAGAUGUUCAAUUACAGGCGAUGCAGUAACUUCACCUGGAAUGGCACCCUGAAGGACCUGGGGAAUCGCUACGGUUGCGGUGAGCGGAUUAGGCCAGUCAUGGCAGCCCCGAGUUCCAGUGGACUAGAGGUGCUGCUGACCACACUGCAGGAUGCAGGUGACAUGGAGAGCACUCUCAACAUCCUCAAUGUGCUGGAUGAACUGCUCUCUGCUGGCACUGACAGACGGAUCCACUACAUGAUCUCUAAAGGGGGCAGCGAGGCUCUCCUCAUAGCUCUGGUGAACACAGCACACACCAUCCCACCCAAUUACACCUUACUGCUGCCUAUUCUGCACCUGCUGGCCAAGGUUGGACACAGAGACCGCAGGAUUGGUGUGAAGGCGGAGAAGGCCGAGGCGGUGCUGCUGAUGCUAGGGUUGCUCCGUCAGAAUGUGAGGGAUGUCAGGAGAGCUGCCGCCUGUCUGUGGGUAAUUCAGGUCUUCUGCACCUCAGUCUCCACGGCGACGCUGCUGGGGAAGAACAGAGGGCUGGAUGUCGUGUUUCGGCUGAUACCUACGCACACCACCAAACACAUACGCACCGUCAAGGCUGCCAUUGAUGCGCUGGCUGCGCCUAUAGCUCAAAUGAGCUCUCGGACCGGCGCAGAUGUGGUCUCACACGAUAAUGACCAGGGGAAGGCCAACUGGGAUGUGGUGACCUGCUCUGAGGUUGACAUGACUUUCAGAAACACACUGAUCAGGGCUGCAUCCUAUCCUCCCAAAAGCUUGGAGAUACUGCAGUGUAGUGUAGACUACCAUCUUGACCACUUGUGCAUUUAUAGCACUGCACUGCACAUUGAGGUGAACUGCAGGACGGCUGUGUCUAAAGGCUACAUCUCAGGUCUGCUGAAGCUGUUUGCAGACUGGCACAAUAAUGACACAGACCGUGAGCACCUCCUUAUUCAGAGGGCCCUUCUGCACUGCCUGCACCGGGCCACUAACACCAGCCUGGGUAGGAGCUCCCUGGUGGCCGAGGGCGGUAUUGCAAUCCUCUUUCAGACCACACAGACCUGCAUGUUUACCAGAGGGAUGGAGUCUCUGGUGGAGCCAGCGGUGCAGCUGAUGAGAAAGUGCUGUCCCAAGUGUCCACUGCCCCUGGCCUCUGAUAUGAGUGUCUACCGAUUCCCUCUACCAGGCGGGACCCUCAGCAACUGUGAGUCGACGCCUGGAACUCAAGGUGAGGGCUUUGAAGAUGACAGUGACAGCGAUGUUGAAAAUGAAGAUGCAGAGAAUAGAGACUAUGAGGAAGACCUGGAGACAGACCUUGAGUCCCUGCGGCAGCGGCCUGAACCUGACCGACCCCUGGAGCAGCUGGGCCAGUACGUGCGCCUCUGCCCCGAGCUCCACCACGACUUUCAGGAGCUGGACUCAGGCUCGGAGUCAGAGGAGAGUUCUGACGAGGACAGUCUCGUAAACGGGGACAGCGGUGACCGGUGGCUGAAGACAGGACGCGGCUCCCCGCGGCGGGAACCCGGAGUCUCCGUCCAGACCCCGUUGUCCUGUACUCCUCGAAAUGGCCACACCCCGUCCAUCUUGAGGGGCGAGGGUCACGGCACGCCUGAGGAGGACAAACACAGAAUGAAGGUCAAAGACCUCCACAGGCAGUGCCUGAGCUCCCAUGAGGAGGGUCAUCGCAGUAUGGUGGAUCGGCUCCUGGAGAAGUUCGGUUCCUGCAUCCCACACCACGACCCCCGGCUGUACGCUGCUGCCGCCGCCAACACCAGCUCCAUCGCUGGCUACUCCAUCCUGGCCUUCCCAGACUUCUGGGGCCAUCUCCCCCCACCAGGGCCAGAGCCCAUGGCCAUCCGAAGACCCAAUGUGCAGAGAAAGAAAGUGCUGGAAGAUAUCCAACGGUUUCUAUGCCCUGAAGACAUCAUUAAUAAAGUUGUCUUUGACUUGGAGGAUCCUAGUGCUCAGUGUUCCUCUGACCACAAGGACUCCCUGCGUUUCUUCUCUCAGUUUGAGUGCGGCAACCUGCGGAAGGCUGUGCACGUGCGCAGCUAUGAGUAUGAUCUGAUUCUGAAUGCUGACGCCAACACGUCGCAGCACCACCAGUGGUUCUACUUUGAGGUGAGUGGUAUGGUAGCCAACGUGCCCUAUCGCUUCAACAUCAUCAACGGUGAGAAGACCAACAGCCAGUUCAACUAUGGGAUGCAGCCGGUGCUGUUCUCCGUCCGAGAGGCUUUGGAGGGCCGGCCUUGUUGGGUGCGCACCGGCACUGAGAUCUGCUACUACAGGAAUCAUUUCCAGCCCAAUAGUUGCCAGAAAGACUCGUGUUUGUACACCCUCACCUUCACUGUGACCUUUCAGCAUGAGGAGGACGUCUGCUACCUGGCUUACCACUACCCCUACACAUACUCAGCCCUUCAGGCCCACCUGCAGAUGUUGCAGCAGUCAGUGGAUCCCCGUAAGGUGUUCUUCAGACAGCAGAACCUGUGCAACACUCUGGCAGGAAAUGCUUGCCCCCUCGUCACCAUCACUGCCUGCCCCUCGUCCCGCACCUGGAAGAGUUUGCACCAGCUCCGUAACCGUCCGUGUGUGUUGCUGACGGCGCGGGUGCACCCAGGGGAGAGCAAUGCCAGCUGGGUGAUGAAGGGCAGCCUGGAGUUCCUGUGCAGCAGUGACCCUGUGGCUCAGAGCCUUAGGGAGGCCUUCAUCUUCAAGAUCAUCCCCAUGCUCAACCCAGAUGGGGUCAUCAGCGGCACUCACCGCUGCUCACUGAUUGGUGAGGAUUUGAACAGACAGUGGAAAAAGCCAGACCCAGUCCUCAGUCCCACCAUCUACCAUACCAAAGGGUUCCUGUACUACCUCAACAGCAUCGGCAGGACGCCUCUGGUGUUCUGUGAUUACCACGGCCACUCCAGGAAAAAGAACGUCUUCCUCUACGGAUGCAGUAUGAAGGAGACACUCUGGCAGUCAGGCUCCUCAGUCGACACGGCAACACUCAAGGAGGACCCAGGAUACAGGACGAUUCCCAAGACUCUGGAUCGUAUCGCGCCAGCGUUCUCCUUCAACAGCUGUAAUUACCUGGUGGAGAAGUCCCGAGCGUCCACGGCCCGAGUGGUGGUGUGGAGGGAGAUAGGCGUCCUCCGGAGCUACACCAUGGAGAGCACCUACAACGGCUGCGACCAGGGCAUCUAUCAGGGCAUGCAGCUGGGCACUCGUGAGCUGGAGGAUAUGGGAGGGAAGUUCUGCCAGAGCCUGCUGACGCUCCGAAAGAGCACCAUGCUCUACGAUAGCAAAGUCAUCAGCCACAUGGCACUGCUGGACGACAGCCUGAUGGACCACAAGUCACACAACUGUUUUGUUGAUGAUGAGCCCCCUUGUGUGGAGGAGAUUGAGUACCAUUCCCACGUCACCUCUGACCUCCCUGGCAAUGACUUGGAUUCAGAGGUCAACGCCAACAUGUCCAGCCCGGAGAACGACAAUAUGGACAAGGACGGCGACAAGCAGAUGCCGCGUUGCCAUGGGAACGACCUCAAGUCCCGCCUCUACCCCCACCUGUGUCGCCCAGACUCCCUGGAGUCACUGUAGGAUGGACUGAGCAUGUGCAGUAGCAACAUCUACAGCGAUGACAGGCACCAGUUGUCCAGUUGUGAAUUGAGUCACCCCCUACUUUCUUAGAAACAAAACCAAACAAAACAAAAACAAAAUGGUGAAUUCUAGAACCUUUAAGGAUUCUGUGUAGGUUCUGUAAGUUUCCUUUAAAGAAGUUGAAGAUUCUCCAUGUAAAAUGUUCUACUCAAGAAAGCGGGUUAUUUUACACCAAUUUACACCCAGCAUUGAUUUGGCCGACAUGGUGAUGUUCAGGCAUAUGACAUAAUGUAGUCCCUGUGCUUGCUAACUGGAUGUGUCACUGGAAAUUUGAGUAAUAUCUAGUGGUUUGCAAUUAGCGAGUAGCAUCAGCAUGACAAAUGCAACACACAAUUUUGUAUUGAACACAAUUAUGAGCGUCUUAGACGGUCUGAGAUAAGAUUCCCCAAGACAGUUGCUGAAGACUAAAAUAUGUUGUGUAUAAAAUAUCUUGUCUUAGAUAGAGUUUGAUAACCUAUACAUAAACACUGUGCAGACAUAAAUCAUUGUGGUUAUUUAUUGGUACAUGCAUCUAUAACAACAUGUAACUUAAACGUAGAUGUGCAAAAUGAAUCAUACUAUUAUAGAAAAAAACGCACAGGUCAUCAUAGGACAUGAAACUGGGCAUCAUAACCAUACCAUGCCAUAUCAUAAAGUGUAGUAUUGUAUGGAAUUAUGUUUACAUUAUAUAAGCUGCAUUUUAAACAAUACUUUUUUGUAAGGCAUUUUGUUAAAGAGGCAAAAAAAAACAGGUGUUCUUUUGUGUUCACAGUGAGCAGUUGUUAAAAACUAUAGCACUUAACUUGUAUCCUGAAGUGGUAGAUCCAGUCAUUACACUGUAUUGUAUAGUACAAUACGUAUUACACUACAUUUUACUGCAUUAGGAUUAUGGCAUCAUUGCCCAAAUAGGACAAUUUGGAACAAAUACACAUAUCCAAAGGAAUGUUAAAUUCAGUUUGCAUAAUAUUAUUCCUGUAACAGUUUCUGGCUCAAAGCUGUUUGUUUCAAUGGAGGUAAGCUCCACUCUGUACCUGAUUUACUCUGUGGCAGGUUUCAGGACUUGAAAACAGUUUUGGCGUCAGCUACCAUGGAACCAGUGCCCUUGAUUGUAUGUGAAUAAUGUUUUCAGUCCUUUUCUGUCCAGUCCUUCCACGGAAGAGAAAACUGUUGUCCCUCAAAAAGCCAUUUUUGCACAGCAAUAAAAAACAGAAUUGAG